AUGGAAGGUGUCUUUGUGAAACGCCAACCUCCAGUGAUCAGUCCGGCAACGGCGCCUCCCAAUGAGCUGGUUGAGAUAAAAGCAGUAGCAGAGAAAACCAAAGAACCUAAAGGAAUUACGGAAAGCGCCAAAGUGCGAAAAGAGACCACUCAAAAACAGGAGCCGGCUCAACCAACUACCGUACAAAAGAAAGUUCAAGAAGCAAAGAAGGAAACAAAACCUGAGGUUCCCGCAGCAGCUCCAGUGGAGGAGAAAGCUGCGCCGCCACCGGUUCCAGAAAAGGAACCUCCAACUGCAAAAGAAGCUCCGCCACCGGUUCCAGAAAAGGAACCUCCAACUGCAAAAGCUGCGCCGCCACCGGUUCCAGAAAAGGAACUCCCCCCUCCUGUAGCGACAAAGGUCGAAGUGGCCAAGCAGCAAACCACAACAACAACUGAAGAAGCUAUUGUAAAGAAACAAACACCAGUCAAAACAGCCCCUCCUGUGGAGACCGCAGCGCCUGCUCCCAAAGCGAAACCAAGUAAGAAGUCUUCCAAAAAGCCGAGGAAGUCGAAGUCACGUGACAGGAAAUCGCGCUCACUCAUAGAAAAGGACUACGCUGUGCCUAAGCCUGCAGUGCAAACGAAGGCAGAGGCGAAGUCUUCUACCAGUGGAACGAAACAAGUGGAAGUGGUGACAAAGAAAGUGGUCACUACUACAACUACUGAUCAAACAGCAAAGCUAGAAGAACCUCCUGCUAAACCAAAGAAAGAACCCAAGAAAGAGAAGAGCUCGGAAAUGUUACCAGCCGGCAAAAUGAAGAGCAGUGAUUCGGCUAUCAAAGAUGUUCCAGAACCCAAGAAAGAAAGCUCAAUUGUGAAACCCCCUGCGAAGGAAGAGAGCACUGUCGUCACGCCGACCACAACCAAUAGCCUGAUCGGUGGCUUUUACAAUGGUUCCCUUCUGGUAACCACUUUAACACCCACUGAUCAACAAAAGCAGGAGGUCUUGCCAAAGGAGUCAGCCACCCCGAUAAGGAGCGAGGAUUUGGCGACAAAAGCUUUCACAGAAGCCAAGAAAGAGAGGUCUGUUGAGAAACCAGCCGCCAAAAAGAAGAGCAGUGAAUCGGCUAUCAAAGAUGUACCAGAACCCAAAAAAGAAAUUAAGCAACCUCCUGCAGAGCCGAAAAAGGAGGAACCGAUCACUAAGCCAUCCACUGAUUCGAAGGGAGAGAGCACAGUCGUUACGACGACCACGACCAAGAAGGUAACCACUAUUACAACAACUGAUCAACAAAAGCAGGAGGGUCCGAUACCAGCUAGCACAAUGAAGAGCAGUGAAACGGCCAUCAAAGAUGUUAAAGAACCUAAGAAAGAUAGCUCGCUCAUGAAAUCAGUCACACCAAAGAGUAAGGAAUCUACCAGGAAAGAAAGAAAAAAGAAGGAGUCGAGUGUUGAGCGUUCGGCUAGCUCGAAAAAGAAGCACUCUAAACGUAAAAUGAAAUCUAAAAGCAAACAUUCGAAGAGGAAGCCUUCUAGCAAAUCAGAGAGUCAAGAAUCGACUAAGAAACCUACAGAACCCAAGAAAGAGGACUCGAGUGUGAUGCCGGAAAGCACCAUGAAGAGCAGUGAAACGGCUAUCAAAGAAGUCCCAGAACCGAAGAAGGAGAGCUUGACUGCGAAACCCUCUGUAGAACCGAAGAAGGAAGAAUCGAUCACUAAACCACCGACUGAUGGAAAGAGAGAGAGCACAACCGUCACUACGACCACGACCACGAAGGUAACCACUGUUGUGACCACUGAUCAGCAAAAGCAGGAGGGUUUGCCUAAGGAACCGAUCACCCCAACAAAGAGCGAGGAUUUGGCUACAAAACCAUUCACAGAAGCCAAGAAAGAUAGCUCGGCUGUGAAACCAGCCGCCAAAAAGAAGAGCAGUGAAUCGGCCAUCAAAGAUGUUCCAGAACCCAAGAAAGAAAGCUCGAUUGUUAAACCCGUCACUAGAGCAAAAAGCAAAGAAUCGAUUAGGAAACCUCCCACUGAACCCAAGAAGGAAAGCUCCUUUAUGAAACUACUCACCCCCUCGAAGAGCAAAGAAACCGCUAAGAAACCUACAGAAGCCAAGAAAGAGAAGAGCUCGGAAAUGAUACCAGCCGGCAAAAUGAAGAGCAGUGAAUCGGCUAUCAAAGAUGUUGCAGAACCUAAGAAAGACAGCUCGACUGUGAAACCCGUCACCCCAGAAAAAAGCAAAGAAUCGACCAGGAAACCUCCAACAGAACAAAAGAAGGAGUCGAGUAUGGAGCAUUCCACGAGCUCGAAGAAGAAGCAUCGUACGAAACGAAAGAGCAAAUCAAAAAGCAAGUCAUUGAUGAAACCUCCCACUGAAUCGAAGAGUAAAGCUUCGACAACGAAAACAUCCACUGAUAAGAAAGGAAAGAGCACAGUUGUCACGACGACCACGGAGAUCAAAAAGACAACCACAGUUACAAGGUCUCCUUCGCAGGAGAGCUCGGUUAUGAAACCAGUCUCCAAAACAAAGAGCAAGGAAUCGACUAAGAAAUCUACAGAACCCAAGAAAGAGAAGAGCUCAGAGAUGAUACCAGCCGGCAAAAUGAAGAGCAGUGAAUCAGCUAUCAAAGACGUUGCUGAACCGAAGAAAGACAGCUCGACUGUGAAACCCGUCACCCCAGAAAAAAGCAAAGGAAUCGGCUAG